AUGGACAAUCAGAAGACGGUGUACUUGGUGGUUAAUCCCGUCGCGGGACAGCAGACUGCUCGAGACUUCGUCAAGAGCUAUGUCAAGCCUCUCUUGGAACCUUCAGGAUACUCUAUCAAGGCCUACGAGACUCAAAGCGUCGGUGACGCGGCCAGAAUCGCCCGUGAGAUCUCUGAGCAGCCCGCCUCGACGGCCCAAGGAGGGGCACGGACGGUCGUUCUCGCUGGAGGAGACGGGACUAUGCACGAGUUCAUCGAAGGGAUAUACAGCUUGGGAGGGAAGGAAGCGAAGGGGGAGCGCUGGGAGCUCGUCAUGAUACCUGUGGGAACCGCGAAUGCUCUGUAUGCCUCAACUUACCCGCCCGGCACACCUCCUCCCUCGUUAUCUGAUACUCUUUCUGGUCAUACCUCCUCUUUCGAAGAAGAGACGCUCGCGAAGCUCUCUUCACUCGCCGCCUUCCUGACCGCAGGCAAGAAGCCGACAACCCUCCCCAUCUCCCUCUCAUCCUUUACCGGUUCCGACAGGAACGCCAACGCCGCUCCUACUCCCAUCCCCUCACACGUUGUCAUCUCCACCUGCCUCCACUCCAAUCUCCUCGCCACAGCCGAAAACCUCCGAGCCGAAUACCCCGGCGUCGAGCGGUUCAAGGUCGCCGCGCGGGAAAACGCGGGCAAGUUUUACGACGCCAAACUCGUCCUCCACGGCGGCAGCAGCGGGACUGUACAGGUAUACGAGCCCGCCACGUCCAGCUUUGUCGAGACUGGCUCCCGGGUCAUUGAUGGCACAUUCGCCUACUUUCUCUCGUCCGCCGCUUGCCCCCGGCUCGAGCCUACCUUUGUCAUCUCUCCUCUGCUCGAGCGUAUCCCGGACAAGGAGAGCAUGGACGUGUUGGUCAUCAGGCCGGGUAGGGAUCCUCGUAUCCGCAAGAUCCUUGAUGAGGCGGAAUAUGAGAGUUUCAAGGCGGUCAGGGACGCGGGGGAUCAGGAGGUCCUGGAUAAGCUGAGCGAAGCAUGGGUGCCAAGGGCCUGCGAGGUGGUGGGGAAGGCGUAUGAAGAGGGAAGGCACGUGGAUCUGACGUAUACCCCAGAAGGGGACGUGGAGAGUAGGGGGACAGGACCGAGGGUCGUCGAAGUGUACCGGUGCACCGGAUUCGAGUGGACACCCAGGGACAAGGACGAUAAAGGAUCCCAUCUCGUUUGCGCGGACGGUUCGCUCAUGCACAUCCCGUCUGGGGGUAGCGCUUCGGUCCGGCUGGAUAAGGGGGCAGAGGGGAAGGGUGAGAUCUGCUUGUGGACGUAG